UCAGUCUGACCGACGGGGGCGAAGCGUAAUUUCGGAAUUCAGAGGCGCCCUUCUUGACCGCCGCCGCCGCCGCCGCCGCCGCCGUCAACAAGCCGAGCAAGCAGCCAUGGAGGGAUCCGCCGCGGCGCCGCUCCGCACGCGCGUCUGCAUCAUCGGGAGCGGCCCAGCCGCGCACACGGCGGCCAUCUACGCCGCCCGCGCGGAGCUCAAGCCCGUUCUCUUCGAGGGCUGGAUGGCCAACGACAUCGCCGCGGGCGGGCAGCUCACCACCACCACCGACGUCGAGAACUUCCCGGGCUUCCCCGACGGCAUCAUGGGCGCCGACCUCAUGGACCGCUGCCGCGCGCAGUCCGCCCGCUUCGGCACCAACAUCCUCUCCGAGACCGUCACCGCCGUCGACUUCGCGGCCCGCCCCUUCCGCGUCGCCUCCGACUCCACCACCGUCCUCGCCGACGCCGUCGUCGUCGCCACGGGGGCCGUCGCCCGACGCCUCCACUUCCCCGGCUCCGAUACGUACUGGAACCGCGGCAUCUCCGCCUGCGCCGUCUGCGACGGCGCCGCCCCCAUCUUCCGGAACAAGCCCAUCGCCGUCAUAGGCGGAGGCGAUUCCGCCAUGGAGGAGGCCAACUUCCUCACCAAGUAUGGCUCCCACGUCUACAUCAUCCACCGCCGGAACACCUUCCGGGCUUCCAAGAUUAUGCAGGCCAGGGCGCUCGAAAACCCCAAAAUCCAAGUCAUCUGGGACUCGGAGGUUGUUGAGGCCUAUGGCGGCGCAGGCGGUGGCCCAUUGGCUGGCGUCAAGGUCAAGAACCUGGUGAGUGGUGAGGUCUCGGAUCUUCAAGUGUCCGGCCUCUUCUUUGCUAUUGGGCACGAGCCGGCGACCAAGUUCCUCGGUGGGCAGCUCGAACUCGAUUCAGAUGGAUAUGUGGCAACCAAGCCGGGCUCCACUCACACCAGUGUGAAGGGUGUCUUCGCUGCUGGCGACGUGCAGGACAAGAAGUAUCGCCAGGCCAUUACUGCUGCUGGAUCAGGGUGCAUGGCCGCUCUGGAUGCUGAGCACUAUCUGCAGGAGGUCGGUGCGCAGGAGGGCAAGUCUGAUUGACUAUAUUUUGGUGUACCAACCACCAGCCAAUCAGAAUGCCACUUGCCGGUGCUGAAAUCUACCCUCUGAUGUGCGUUAUGCCAUGAGUAUUCAUGAUCGAAUUUGGACUUUUGUGCUGCUUAUCAGUAUAGCACACUAUUCUUCUCAUUAGUAUUCGGAUGUCUGAACGAGGGAACUAUCAAUGUACUCGAAAUUGAUUCGUAUUUACUUACGCUUGAACUUGUAUUAUCGUUUUAGAUAUCUCUUUGGAAUCAGCGUGUUGUUCGUGCCA